GACCGCUCCUCCACCAUCCCCAUCCCACCCCUACGACCUACCGCUUGUUUUACUCUCUCAAAUUGCACGCAUCAUGGACGAAGAUCUCAUCGCCUUUGGCAUCGUGAUGCUACUCUUUCUCUCUUUUCCCUUUCUUACCGUCCUCAGCAUCACCGGUUGCAUCGCAUACUCGCGCACAAAGGUCUGGGACAAAGCCCGCAACCAGCGCGCCGUCAGUCUCGAGUCCUCGGAAACCAAUCGCCUUGUCGACGAUGGCGACAACACCGAUGACUCGGACUUUUACGACACCGAGGACGAGGAGGAGCACAAGCAGCGCCAAGCUGAAGACGAGGCUGACAAGCACAUCACUUUCGGCCAAAAGUUCCGCAAGGAGUUUAGGAAGGUUUGGACAGGCAAGGGAAAGAACGAUCUCCUGAAGCAGAAGGAGAGGGAGGAGAGGAGGAAGUUGGCCAAGGCGGUGGCGAGGGAGUUGGAUCGCCGCGAGAGGAGGAUGGCCAGAAGCGCUGCCGCCAAGGUGCAGUCCUCUGAGGAUCUGCCAGCCUACACCAAGGCCUAAUCUGGCUACGUCUAGUCUAACCUUUGCUAUGGAGUUGUAUUACACAACAUGCGCAAGGUAGACGGAUUUCUCUUUGCUCUAAAUUGAUACCCGUUCUUCUUUUUGGGAUAUUCAUCAGAACCGACGUGCUCCAUUCAUG